AAAAGCAGAGGAGGCAGCAGCGGUAGCGGCGAGUCUGGUGGGCGAGCCGAUAGACGUGGAGGGGUUUCGGGGACACACGGUGUUCCUCCGCAAGCCUCCCCUUCCCUUCACCUUCUCCCCGUUCCCCCACUUAUCUCCCUCUGCUUUGCUCGGCUCCCGUCAUUCAGAAAGCGGAGGCAGCAGCGGUAGCGGCGGACCUGGUGGGCGAGCCGAUAGACGUGGAGGGAAAGCGGAGGCCGCAGCAGUGGCAGCGGAUCCAGUGGGCGAGCCCAUAGACGUGGAGGGGUGUCGGGGGCGCACGGUGUACAUUCACAAGCUGGCUCAGGCGUACAACCGCGGGCUGGUCGGGCAGUGCGCCACUCUGCUGCCCUGGUUCUCCAUCUGCCCGCACUUCCAGAACGACGGCUUGGGGAACCGAAUCCGCAACAGCAAGCUGCUUCUACCCUCUGGCCGAUGGUUCGAGACGCACAUGUACGCCCUGGAGAUGGUGUUUCACUACCGCCUGCGCAAGGCAUACAAGUGCAUCACGAGCGACCCAGACAGGGCAGACCUGUUCUUCAUCCCCUUCUAUGCGUCGCUGGACGUGACCCGCUGGCACUUUGCCAAGAACGCGUGUGUGUGGCGCAAGACUUCUUUUGAGGCGCCUCAAAAGUUCAAGAAGCGCAACCGAGCGGACCAUUUCAUCGUGCUGGGGCAGGGCUCGUGGGACUUCCGGCGGUCAGAGGGAUCUCAGUGGGGAAACCGCCUGCUGCUGCUGCCCGAGAUGAAGCACGUGACGAAGCUGGUGCUGGCGGCCAACCUGUGGGAGGAGACCGAGAUCGGCAUCCCGCCUCUCACCUUCUUCCACCCGCGCUGGGAGAAGGACUACAAGACAUGGCAGCGCAUAGCCGAGUCGCACCGGCGCACAUCUCUCGCGGCGUUUGCAUCACUGAGGGACGCUUUCAGCAAGCACAACAAGGCGCUGGGCAGGCAGUGCAAAAAAGCCAAGGCGUGCCGAUACUUAGAGUGCGUUGAGGACAUCUGCACGCGGCCAGAGGUGCUCAUGGAUCUAUUCACCGAUGCUGCCUUCUGCAUCGUACCGUCGGGCCACACGGGCGCACGCAGGGCCGCCUUUGACGCCAUCGUUGCUGGCUGCAUCCCCGUCUUCCUCGACUCCUUCGUGCCCUCCCAGUACAAGUGGCACCUACCAGCCAACAGCAGCACCUACUCGGUGACGCUGAGUGAGAAAGCGGUGCUGGCAGGCAAGGUUGAUGUCAUCAAGGAGCUCGAGAAGAUUCCAGGAAAGGAGGUGCGGCGCAUGCGAUUAAAGAUCAUAAGGGAGGUGUUACCGGCAGUGGUCUACAACCAUCCGCGCAUGUACCCUAUGGAACAAAAGCGAGACGCCUUUGAUAUUGCCAUGGAGGAGGUAGUGAGGCGAGUGCAGCACAACAAGCAGGCAGCUACUGCGGCUUGA